AUGCAACGAGUAGGUGGUGGAAUCCGCACCGCACGUUCCUUGCUUUCCUUCGGCGAGAGACGGUAUCGCCAUGCCCCACUUCUUCCUGGUAGUCACUCUCUUAACAGCGUUGGAGAAACGAGGUUUGGUGCCCAUCAUGCGAACGCUCGUCACUUUGUUACGGCUUGUUCUCGAUAUUGUCUUGCCCCAAACAGGCUUUCAAACCCAGGCGAGGCAGCGGAACCAUUCACUUCGCUGAAGUGUCCUGAAUGUGGGAAGCGGUUUCUUAGUGUCGCUAAUCUGCAGCAGCACCGGCGUUCCCGUCAUCUUGUACUUCUGAAGUCUCCCUCACAGGAGCAGCUUGAACGUUUGAGGGAGGAAAACGCGCGGCUGCUCGAUGAACUGAGAAAUUUACAAGAAACCAAUACCUUGAGAGCGCGUUCUGCCUCAUCAUUAUCGACGGCAUCAACGGAGUCAUCAUCUACAGGGGAAAGUAGGGGUGGGAAGCUUUUUCCAGCUGCAGUUCCCGACGGGAAGGCGGUCGGUAUUUCCAUGGGGGAGGUGCAACAACUGCGGGAACACCCUUUCCGAUUGGGCACAUGCACCUCCGAGGUCUGGUGUGUCGGCAUGGUGGAGGGCGAUGUUGAGUUAGGUAAACUGGGCGUCGACACUGCGCAAGAGGCUGGGGAGGAGCAUUUGACAGGUUUAGAGGCAAUGCAGUUUACCCUUCAAACUGACGGAUAUCGUCUACGACGUGUUGGUCAGUUAAAAAUGUACCGUAAUCGACUGACUGUACGUGUUAUUGCGCCUCGGUACAGAGCACAAAAAGGGGAUAUUGUGCUUGUGACAGGGACGUACGGACUCCACAAGUCGUAUGACUUGGUUUCAAAACAGGCAGUAGAAAACACCGUUGUGGAAGCCGGCUACGUUGGACUACUGCUGAAAGGACCCGUUAAUGCACCUGAGAUACCCUAG